AUGGACAAGCUGAAGCAGACCUUUAGCCGAAACAAGGAAACCGAAGCCGAAGACACCAGCUCCAGACCAACAGCAGGCGGUAAGGUAACUGGCCAGGGAACCCAUUUCCCCUCAUCACAAACUAUGGACACCGGCGACAACCUGGGCUCCACUGUCGGAGGUCAACAAGAUCCAGGCAUUGGUGGCACUCGCUCAGAUCCCCAGGCUGCGCUGAGCAGCACAGGUCCAGAGACCAGCGGCGGCGGGCAUAUAAGUACCGCCAACCCCAGUGGGACAUCGCAGGGCGCGACAGCAAUUGGGCAGACCUCGACCUAUAGCACCCACCACCUUUCGAAGGGUGAUCCUACCCCCAGCGUAGUAGACCCCCAGUCCUCCGAUCCUACUAGCUUCAAGAAGCCAGAAGCUUCGACUGGAGCAGGCACAGGAGCGGGCGUCCCGCCCAAUGCUGCCCAGGUUGCAGCCUCCAAGGCCUUCACCGGAUCAAGCCACAAAGAAGGCAUGCCUGGGGCCUACCCGACCGAGGGUUACGAAAACCCCUACAAGGCCGAGUCCCUCGACCCGCGUGUUGAUAAUCUGCCAAUUCGCAGUAAACAAGACCAAUCCUCCGGCCGUCCCACUGCCGCUGCAGGUUCUGCCCUGGGCACGGGCGCAGGCGCAGGCGCAGGAGUUGCUGCUGCAACAUCUGGAAGAUCAACAGGUCCAGACACGAGCCGUACCACUGCCGCGCCGUCCAGCUUGACAUCGACUGUCAAUCCUGGAGAUCGGUCAGCCGAGUACGGCACCUCUGAGCAGACACGAGUACCCGAAGCUGGAACUACCGCCACACAGGAACAGUCCCCGGAAUCUUCUGGAUUCAUGGGCAAGGCUCUUGCUGCUGUAGGACUAGGAGGUGCUGCGGGCGCUGCAGGAUACGGUGUUGCCUCUAGGCACGAUAAGGAUUCUGCUGUGGCCGACAGUACUCUCUCGACCGACUCUACACCGCAGCCAACUCAUGGCAGAAAGGAGAGUAUCCCCACCACUGCAUACCCUGGAGGACUCGAGUCUCCACGCGCAAUCAAUCCUCCCGUUGGUGGGACGGCACAGGGAACCGAGGCACCGGCCGCUGAACGAGAAUCCCACACUGGCCGCAACACGGCGCUUGGCGCAGCCGCCGUCGCGGGAGCUGGCGCGGCAGGAUAUGGCGCCUCGCACAUCGGUGAUCGUGACAAAGAUCGCGUUGCGCCCGACGCUGCAGCCCAUACAGCCACCACUCUUGGUCAAGACCAGACCGGCAAGCUUCGCGAUGAUUCUGCAAGCCAGCCAGCCGGUAUUUCAUCCGACACAAGACAAACACCGACCCUGGCAUCGACACAGGCUAGAUCGAGUCAGCCUUUGACUAGACAGCCCGAUCAGCGCGAGGACCACUCCAAGCGCAAUGCUGCGUUGGCUGCUGGUGGUGUUGGUGCCGGUGUUGGUGCGGCCGGUGCUUCUACCUUGGGACAAGACAACACCAGUAAGCUGAGGGACGAUCUUGCGAGCCAGCCAUCCGGCAUUACAUCCGAGGCGAAGCAGGCGGCUCCCAUGGGGGUGACACAGACUACCACAGGUCAGUCAACUUCUAACUUUGGACAAGAUAACACCAGUAAGCUGCGGGAUGACCUUGCGAGCCAGCCAUCCGGCAUUACAUCCGAGGCGAAGCAGGCAGCGCCUCUAGGAGCAACACAAACAAGCUCAAACCAGCCUCGGACUGGACAGCCUGAUCAGCGCGAGGACCACUCCAAACGCAAUGCUGCUCUAGCUGCCGGAGGUGCUGGUGCCGGUGUUGGCGCGGCAGGUGCUUAUGCUGCCACUCGGGACAACAAGUCACAGGAACCGUUUGGUCACACUGCAAUCUACGGGCCCGGUUCCGGCAGUACAACUACCCAGCCUCGGGCGAUAUCUUCGCAGACCACUGGUGUUACCUCCACGCAACCCACCACGACUCGCCAGGAGGAUAUCCCAGCUAAACGAGAGGAUGAUCACACUGCACGCAAUGCCGCGCUCGCGGGAGCUACUGGUGUGGGCGCUGCAGGAGCAGGUGCUUAUGGUGCACAUGAGUACAACAACCGUCAAGCCACUCAGCAACAGACCACGCCUUCACAGACUACCGGGAUUACCGGUGCUACCUCCACGCAACCCACAAAGACUCGACAGGAGGAGGUACCUGGCAAGCGCGAGGAUGAUCAUACCGCACGUAACACCGCGCUCGCGGGAGCUGCUGGUGUGGGCGCUGCAGGAGCAGGAGCUUAUGGUGCACAUGAGUAUAACAAACGUGCAGCCGAGGAAGAGUCGGCGAGACAAGCUGCCAACGCUGAGAAUCAGCGUAAAGCUGCCGAGAAAGCUCGCGCGGAGCAGCAGAAAGCACACGAGAAAGCCCUUGCCGAGCAAGAGAAAGCGCACAAAAAGGAAGUUGAGAAGCAGCAAAAGGAGGCAGAGAAGCAUGCAAAGAAGGAGGAGAAAGAGCAUCAGAAGGAGGUUGAGAAGCAACAGAAGGAGGCAGAGAAGCAUGCAAAGAAGGAAGAAAAGGAACAUCAGAAGGAAGUUGCCGCUAUGGAGAAGCAGCGCACGAAGGAGCAAGAGGAACUCCGCCGCAGGCAGGAGGAGGAAGAGGAGGAGCGCAGGAAGAAGGCUGCCGCAGCUGGAGCAGUUGGGGCCGGAGCCGCGGGCGCUGGUGCAUACGCCUACGGGAAGGACAAAGACGAUGAUGCGACCAGAACCUCGACCAAGUCUGAAGAGAAAGAAAAGAAGCCUGGUCUCUUCAAGCGCAUCUUCAAGCGCCGCAAGAAUAAGGACACCGGCGAGAGCGAAGAGUACUCGUCCGAUGAGGAUGAGUCGCACAAGGGUGCGGCCGUCGCUGGAGCCGGCGGUGCUGCUGCCCUCGGUGCUGGUGCGGCGUACGGUGCUCAUGAGCAUGGUGCCAACAAGGCUGCCACCACCGAACAUUCAACCGACCCCAACAGCAUCGGCAGAGCGGUCUCGACGGACGAAGCGCGACAGUCGCCCUCUACUUCGCGCUACGGAGAUGCUUCCGGUGGAGCAGAGAAGCCCUCGUACAACCCUUUCAGCAAGGACGAUCCCUCCAAGCAGCCUCUGUCAGGUGAUCACUCGGAGGACAGGUCGACAGCGCCUGCCGCCGCCGGCCUUGCCUACGGCGCCUCAGAGCAGCCACUGUCAAGCGACCGACACCAGGGUCGGCCGACCGAGCAUACCACCAGUGCCACCGGUGCCACCGGUCUUUCCGACGGCACCUACAGAGAUGCCAGCACCCUUCGCUACGGAGGCGAGCAGGAUACCGGCGCCCUCGGCACCCAGUCCCACGAAGAUCACAAAGACAAGCUCCCCAUCGAGCGCACGACCGGCAUGCCCUUCGACCCGUCCAAGGACCCCGCGGCAGCUUCUCGCCUGAACGAACAGGGCGAUGUCGUCUCGCCCGAGCAGCGGCGCCGCACCAGCUCCGAGGAGUUUGAAGCCAGCUCCCCGAGCUCGGAGAAGCGUGGCAUCAGGCAGAAGCUCAAGGAGGCGAUCACGGGCCAUAAACAUGAGGAUACCACGGAGCAUCAGGCGGAGCAUGGCGUGCUGCAUAAGAAGCCGCAUCAGGUGCCGGAGGGAGCUAGUGCGGAACGGUCGCCCUAG